CUUGGUACAAACCAUUCUGCAAAAAACAUUUCAUUUGCAUGGGAAUAGUUUAAAACUUUCUUUAAAUGGACGCAGAACAAAUUUCGUUAACAUUUAUUGCUCUAAUGGCUAUUAUUGGAAAUAUUGCAUCACUGUACUGUCUUGCCAAAAGAAGGGUAAACAACUACAUUAUUUUGUGUGUAAACUUAUCCGUUAGCGCUGAAGUUCAAAGCAUAUUUGGUUAUUUACCAACCCUUUUUUUCAAUAAAAGCUCAAUAAAACCAUCGCUUUUGUGCAGGUUAGCAGCAUUUUUUACAGCAUUCCCAUCAUUUACAUGCAUUUCGAUUCUCACUGCUGUUGCAAUUUCAAGAAUGUUUUUACUGGAAAAACCGUUUCUAAGCAAUUACGGCUGUUAUCGACCUUUAUUUUACAAAAUAGGAAUGGUAUCUUGGGUUUACUCUAUAGUUUGGGCAGCUUUACCUCUCCUGGGAUUUUCUUCUUAUACAGUAGAAGCUACAGGUUCUCGUUGUUCCAUUAAUUGGACGCCUAAACGUGUAUCGGAUAAAAUAUUUUUAAUAUUGCUGGUAGUAUUUAUGUAUUUAAUACCACUAAUUAUAAUUUUAGUGUCGUGUUCUUACACAGCAAGAGUGAUUCAUCUUAAGUUAACAUACUUCUCAUGUACUUACGGUAAAGAGAACAUUGAAACAAAAAGGUUUAAAAAAAAAGAAAAAAAAGCAGUUUUGUCUUUUUCAAUUAUGGUUUUGUCAUUUCUUUUAUGCUGGACACCGUACGCAACAAUCGGUAUUUUAUCAACCUUUACAUCAUUAACUACUCCAAGUUUACUUUUAAAAAUAGCAGCACUGCUAGCCAAGUUUUCCGCGGCUAUCAACCCAUUAAUAUACUGCACUAAAGACAACUUGUUCUACAACUUAACUAUUGCUUUUAAAUUGCG